AUGUCUGAAUCAUUUGCCAUUCUCCGCCGUCGCCGCAGCGACGAGCUCACAAGACUUGCCGAUGAGCACCUACAGCACGAGUUGUAUGCCGAGGAUCGCGACAAGCUCAAGUCAGCUGCCUCUACAGUCUCUAUGUGGACAACAGUCGGCUCUGCAGUGGGAAUCGGGCUUGGUCUGUUUGCUGCGAUUAGACUACGCAGGAAUCGCAAAUUAUUCUUCGAGGCGCUCCAGGCACAAGAGAAACCCACAAGCGUUGUCUAUGCGAAUGGUCGCACAGAGUCACUUCCAGAUAUCCCUCCCCUUAUAAACAAACCCUCGACAUUCGGCGAUUUCGCGACCUACUUCUUUGCUUCCGCUGGUGGGCUGUUCUUGGGAGGAGAGCUUGGUUUUGCUGGAGGCGCAGCUAAGGCUACCCGGAGUAUCUCGUCAGAUCCGGAGAGUAAGAAGAGAAUCGAGACUGCCUUUCGGAGAUUCCGAGCGGAUCUUCUUCGAAGGGAGGCCGAUGCCUUGGAGCAGGGGACACAUGAAUUCGACAUGAUGCUUUGA